UGAGAGCCCAAGAUGGCAGCGAAAUCCGAUGGCGUGGGGGUCGUCGCCGGUUUCGCCCAGCUGCGCGAGCAGGACGACGCGGCGGGGUCCGGCGGGGAGGACGAGGAGCCCGCGGACAGCGCGGCCAUACACAUGUGCCACUGCUGCAACUCCUCGUCGUGCUACUGGGGCUGCCGGAGCGCGUGCCUCUCGGCGCGCGGCAGGCGGAGGAGAGGCGCGCGCCCGCGGCCCGGGGAGGAGCGCCUGUGGCUGGACUGCCUGUGGAUCGUGCUGGCCCUGCUGGUCUUUUUUGGCGACGUGGGCACGGACGUGUGGCUGGCCGUCGACUACUACUCGCGCCGGGACUACCUGUGGUGCGGGCUCACGCUGUUCUUCGUGCUCGUGCCCUCGGUGCUCGUGCAAAUCCUCAGCUUCAGGUGGUUCGUGCAGGACUACACGGGUGAAGGGCUCGGGGCGGUGGAGGGGCUCAGCCGGCGGGCGGGCGUGCACGGCCGGGACCGCUGGUGCCACGUCGCCGUGUGGGUCUGGCAGGCUGCGGUGCACCUUCUGCAGCUGGGGCAAGUGUGGAGGUACAUCCGAACUAUGUACCUGGGCAUCCAGAGCCGGCGUCAGACAGAACACAGGCGGCGUUUCUAUUGGGCCAUGAUGUACGAGUAUGCUGACGUCAACAUGCUUCGGCUGCUGGAGACCUUCUUGGAGAGCGCCCCUCAACUGGUGCUACAACUCUGCAUAAUGAUCCAGAAGAACCGGGCCGAGACGUUGCAGUGCAUGUCCUUAUUAGCAUCACUGCUGUCCUUGUCCUGGGUGUUAGCCUCCUACCAUAAGCUCCUGAGAGACUCCAGAGAUGACAAGAAGAGCAUGAGCUAUCGAGGUGCUCUUAUCCACAUCUUUUGGAGGCUCUUCACUAUUUCUUCACGGGUGCUCUCCUUUGCUCUCUUCGCUUCCAUCUUCCACAUCUACUUCGGCAUUUUCGUGGUGAUGCACUGGUGUGCCAUGGCCUUCUGGAUUGUGCACGGAGGUACAGAUUUCUGCAUGUCCAAAUGGGAAGAGGUGCUGUUUAACAUGGUGGUUGGCAUUGUCUACAUCUUCUGCUGGUUUAAUGUGAAGGAAGGCAGGACUCGCUACCGCAUGAUGAUCUAUUACUUUGUGGUGCUGGCUGAGAAUACGGUGCUCACCUGCCUGUGGUACGCAUACAGAGACCCGGCCACAACAGACUCGUAUGCGGUACCGGUGCUCUGUGGAGUCUACCUAAGUUUUGCCUCAGGGGUGGUCUUCAUGGGCAUCUACUAUGGAGUCCUUCACCCCAUGGGUCCUAGGUUAAGGGUACUGGCCAGCUCCUGCUGUGCCGAGCUCCUAUGGGGCCUCCCCUUACCCCCAGAGGCCGAGCCCAUGGCCCCUACUCCUGGUCCCCGAGCGUCACAGCCAACACCCACCAGGAUCUCCACAGGGUUUUACGACGAGCAGGAUGACUCUGCGGGAGAAACCUGCCUUCCCGUGUUUCAGGUGCGCUCUCCCGAGCCCACCACGCCAUCGGGCCGCUACCGGUCAGAAGGGCCUCUCAUCAAGAUCGACAUGCCCAGAAAACGCUACCCAGCCUGGGACGCCCACUUUGUGGACAGGCGCCUGAGAAGGACUAUAAACAUCCUGCAGUUCAUCACCCCCGCGGCUGUAGGAAUCAGGUACAGGGACGGACCGCUGCUCUACGAGCUCCUGCAGUACGAGUCCUCCCUGUGACGACACGUUCUCUCUUCCAUCUCCUCAUUUCUCUGUCCUUCUCUUUAUCCACACACAAUCCAUUCUUCCUUUGUUUUUCUUAAACUUUUGUUUUUUUUUUUGGCAAAAAAUACUUUGCCACAUUUUGGCAAAAAAGUUGUUUUUUAUAUGUGUAAUUAAUGUCAAUGAAUACUUUUCAAAAUGUGAAGAACAAAACUUGAUCAAAAUUGUUAUAUGUAUAUGUUUUGUUUUGUUUACAAACUAUAUGUAUUUAUUUGUACAUAAACCUUUUUUUGAUAGUCCGUUAAAGAAAAAUAUAUAUAGACUUCCCCUCAUAGUGUUUACAGCUAACUAAAAAGAAACCAUUACACUGGAAAAAUGGAGGUAGAACAACCAUGUCAGCACUGCCUUUUGAUUAUUAUCAUUAUUAUUAUUAUUAUUAUUUUCAAUCUUUUUUGCAAUGUACCUCGGAUCACCUUUAGUCGUCUUCCUCCAUACCUGUUCUAGUUAUGAAAUGGCUUGUCUAUGUUCUGAAGGACCAAUAGACCUAAAGUUUUGAGUUUAGCAUAGACUUACACUGACCUCUACAGGCCAAACAAAAGCUGACAACCAUUCAGUCUGAUUACGGCAUUCAUUGGCUGAUUGCCUUAAAGCUACCUUAAAUAGAAAUGUUUAAGAAACGACACACGAAAAGAUUUCUCGUGUUUUCUCGUGAAAGAGAAUAGAGAAUACCUCAUUGACUCACUAUAGCACAGCUUAUAUUUAAAGCUAAUGAAGCCCAUUUUGCACAGUAUGUCUGUAUUAUAAUAUCUUAUACUUAUGCCAUAUAAUAUCUAUAUACAUAUAUCUACAUUGUGAUUACAUUGUAUAGUGAGUGUUGAACAGUAAGGCUUUGAAUGAUGCUCUGAGGUGCAGCAUUGCAGGUACUUUUAUUGUGGCCGGUUCAAAUAGGAUAGGAUACUUCAAAGCAUUGUAAUCUGUAAUUUCUCCUGUUGGGCUGUUUGUCCAUAUUUUUGCGAUGUUUUGAUAAUAUAAAAGCACACGAAAGCCCUUCUAAAGGCAGUGUUGUGAGAAUGGUCACGUAGUUCUCCUCCAUUGUUCCUAGAUUUGUAUAAACAUCUGAACAUCUCCCUAUGGAUGCAUUUACAUUGUUUUUAUCGCCAUCUUUUCUCUUCCCUAUUUGGACAUUUAAACCAGAAUUCCAAGUAAUAAACGUAUAAACUCAUGAGGUGCAAAAGUUAGUCGCUGAUUCCAUAUGGCAAUAUGGAAUCAUGGUGCAUAUACAGUAUAUAUAUAUUUUUUUCACUGUAGGAUUUUUUUUUCAACCUUUGCUUUUAUCCAAGGUAUAACAAAAAGCUGAUGGAGUUAGACGUAAUCUUUGCCUGAAUAUACCUGAUUGGUUUUCCGCAGAGUGAAAGACCACGGCAGUGCUUCACCGCAGGACUUUCCUGACUGGCUCUGAGAAGAGGACGCCUUCCCACGGCACACAGGGCUUGCUGCCAUCAGCAGAACUAUACAAAGCCAAAUCACAUCCUCUACUGUAAUCUACUGUAAUUCUCUCUGCCACUGGUGCACCCAGCCACCUGUUAAAAAAAAAAGAAAAGACUUCUAAUCACAGAUAGGUGCUUGCAGUGCUAGUCUUUUUAAUUGGCUAGGCAGUUAAUUGGAUAAUUGGUGCUACAUUUUUAAAGUAACUCUACCUUUAGGUAAACUAUACAAGUACACAGGGCUUGGUAAGAUUAUGAAUUGUCUUUCACUUGCUCUCAGACCAUCCUUAUAUUCAUUUUAGAAAAGAAGGACAUAAUGAUAGUUCAGAUCAUACACUCGCUGACCUAUCAACUGAAACACUCUUCAGGGCUGGCUUGGUGCACCAUAUUUAGGAGAUCACUGCUGUCUUUGACUCCAUUGUGCCUGCUAAGAUCCUAACAACCAGAGGCCAUGCAGGUGCGUCCAAUGAGGUGAAGGGUUCUUGCCAGGGUUGGAAAGGAGCUUGAUGAACAGCUUAUGAGGGUUUUACAUUACCAGUGAGGGUGCUGAGUUACUGGAUGGACAGUUACACUCUUGGAAAUAAAUGAUGCUUCAAAUGAUUUGUUGAACAAUGCCAUAGAACAAUGGUUUUCAACUAGUGGGCAGCGACUCCCCAGUGUGCCACAGGGGUAUGGCUUGAAACCAUUGGCCAAAAAUGUAAUUUUUCCUUAGUGUUUUAGAUUUUAGAUAGAUUAGCAAUCAAGUUACAUUAAUUUUAGCAUAAGUUUAAGUCUGAAUGAAACUGUUUUGUCUUAUUAUAUUAACUUUACCCAUCACGGAUAAAUGGUUAGAAACUUGGUCUUCCAGACUGAAAGAUGCAAAUUGGAGGCAAUUCAAGCAUUUACAAAUUCACAGUUUCGCACUUGUGUUUCAUUAAUUUUUAUGGGUUACAUUAAUUGUUGUGCUGUACUUAUGUAAGAUUUAAAAAUUUGCAAAAGGUUUGGGAACCCCUACUAUUGAAGCACCAUCCAUACAUCCAUCAACAUUCGUACCUGCUUUUUCUGGAGCCUACUCUGAACCAUCAGUAAACCUUUUUUUAUCAGAUGAAGGUUCUUUAUACUCACAGAUCUCAAUUAUAAGCAACAUUCCUCAUGGAACUGAAAGCAGUUAUUCUGUGGCAUAGCUCAAGAAACCAUAUGACGCAUCUUUAUUUUUAAUAGUUUAAUAGGUGGAUGGAUUUGAACCGGGUGUGAUAUGGUAAUGGGAACUCGUACAAGCUGAACCUCCAGGCUCCUUCCCUGGUUGCUGCUAGCCCUUCCCUUAUAUUAAUGUAUGGCUCAGGUGUAUUCUGGUGCAGAUACUCUUGUUGUAGAUUUUCCUUCACUGCAAAAUCUUCUUGGGUUCUUUUCAAAUGUGACAUAAGUUACAAGUGCAUGCAUUUACAAUCAAGUACCUCGGAAUUUGUAUUAAAUGCCGAAGCUCAGCUUAAUAUUAUACUGAAAUGAGGUCUUACCAUUUCACUUAAUGUAUUCUGCAUCCACUGUAUUCUGGUUCACUGUUGUUUGCUGGAGAACAUCCCAUGUUAUCCUAAAAUGUAGUUUUUUUUUUUAAGACAGCGUCUUGUUUUGCCAAAAAUCUGUUAGCUGCUAGAUUUGUCCUUUGGAGCAUCUACCCUCCACUAGGUGCUACAAUACACUGUGAUCAGUUUUCCCUUCAUCACCAAAACCUCCUCAAGUUCUUACCAUUUUAUAGCGCACAAUGCCAGUUUGAUUGAUUUAAUUGGUUUAAUUGUUGGUGUUCUAAUAAAAAAUAAUUGAUAAUUGCAGUUGGUUAAUUAAGACACGUGCAAUAUCCUCUCCAGCUUCCAAUGUGGCAAUGAGGAUUACGACCGCGUUCGAAUAAGACUGUUUAAAGAAAGCUCUGAGUUUUGUAUUCACCAUUAUUUUGUGUACUCAGGCAUUCCUUUCUAUGAAUUUUUAUUUUUAUAUUUUCACUGAUUCUGCAUGUUCUGGGCUUCCUUGACAAUGUGGUGUAAAAUGGCAGAUGCGAAAAUGCAUUGAAAAGCACUGAUAAGUUCGUUCAGCUGUACAGUGCUGUGCAAGCUGUGGGGCUUAAUCAUUCGCCUGCAAGCAGCUGCUUGAUUUUGAUAACAGUGUAUGUAGAAUUCUACGUCCCUCAUGCAGAAAUCCCAGAAAUGUUUCAUGUCUUUUAAUAAUACACCGUUCAUUAUUUUACUCUGUGGUGCCUUUUAUAUUGUCGGUGCUUAAUACCGCCAAGGCAACCAUUUCAGCAAACAACAAUGCCAGUAUUGUACAUAAUCUGUUUUUUUAUGUUUGUUUGUUUCUGUUUGUAUUGUUUGUUUGAUGUUAUUUUCAGGUGCCAAUGCAGUAUAGGACUACUGUUCAUGUGUAUCAUACCAUUGCAGCAUACGGUUGAGUAUACAUUCCAGUGUUAUAGUGGAUUGGUGGAGGGGGAGCUUAGAAGAUGAGGCUGCACAGCCUUUGCACAACCCACCAUAACUGUUCUCAAAGUGUUACAGGUUGAAGGUACAGCAAUACUAGAUAUCAGUGGCAUUGCAGAUUCACCUACUUGCAUUAUUACUCCAGAUACGCUGAGUAACAACAUAUUUCUACUUGAGAUGUCCAGUAUUGCUCUACUGGUGAACAUUUGGGAACAAAAUCCUCAAGGUGCUAAAGCUGAACCUCCUUUGUAUAUUAGACUUUAUAAAUAUGUAAAUACAACAUCCUGUAAAGCCUUACUGUACAUUAUCUUAUCUACGAUUGUUCAUUGUAAACAAAAAAAAAAAAACAGCAACAUGAACAGCAAUGAUUUGUAAAUAGUGUAGUACAGAGUUACAGUUAUGUAUAGAAAUAUGACCUUUUUAUUCACUUAGUGUUUUCCUCAUUUGUUGGAGAUUGCAUUGAUAUUGACGAUGAUCAUGAACAUGGACACGAGAUUGUUGUUUAUGUACAGAAUGUCUCUGGAACCACCGUAAUGCUACAGUGUAGCAGUCAGAAUACAGAAUACUCUUUUUCAUUCAUUUCUUUGCUUUUCGUUCAACAAACUUAUCAAACAAAAAAAAAACUUUUUGCAGUGUAGGUUGAGAAAUUAUCUUAAUAAAGGAGAAUUGAAUUGAAACAAAAUGAGCUCAUCCCAGAGUUCUUAUUCAGAUGUGACCCUUACAAAAAAUGGCCUAAAAAACCUUUAGAGAACAGGCACGCAUGAGAUAAUACAUAUUUUUACAUAUAUUGUGGUGAUUAAUUGGUUUUGUCAAAUGUUAACAUAUAUCUGCACGUGUAAAGAGGAAAUAUACUAUUGCAAAACCAACAAUAAAACCUGUUUCCAAUCCAUAAACAUCAAAGAUUAGGACGCAGUUCUACUUUAAUGCAAACACACAACUCAAAUCUAUGCAAUCUAUAAAUACUACAGAUAUAUAAUUAGCAUUAAACAUACAGUAUGUAUAUUGUGUCAAUUGUUACACCCAUUAUCUUUCUAAGCGUAAAUUCCACUGUCUGUUAGGUUGACAAAGGGUUGGUUUUCCAGUCUCAGUCUUAGCCUUUCACAGCAUUUUAAAUAGAGAUUUCCCAUUGAAUGAAAAAAUUGAAAACUGCCUCCUAAUCCCUAGCGAGCAGUUUAGCAUUAACAUAAGCACAAUAGUUGGAAAAUAGUGUAGACAGGACUGUUUUGUUAAUCGUUAGGGAAAUUAAUAUAACAUCAGUUUUAUGAUGGUUUAUUUACACCUGGCCACUUUGUGUGAUUUUAGCCACAUUGCACAGUAAAAUGGCAGUAAAAUUUUUACUUGGCUGUAAAAUGCGUCGUCUCCGGUUACACUGAAGUAUGAUUCUCUCAUUGUGUGACAGUGACCGGUGUUUCUGUUGACUGGGAGAGAUUCUGAUUGUUCAAGGUAAUGCGUUUACACUGCUAUAACAUGUAUUCCAACUUUAUCUCAGAUACCUCCUGAAGGGGUUCAAGUGAUUUGAUUUCUAUCAGAUUUCUGUCUGUUUUAAAUGCAUCAUGUAUGUGUUUACACUUAUCCAGAUAUUAUCCUGAUACUCACGACUGAUGGAUUGGUCAGGUGUAAAUAGGUUUUAAUCCAUUUGCUUGAGUUUAGUUGGUUUAGUUUUUCGGUAUUUCUUAUUCUGUUAUUAUUUCUAUAUUCUGUUAAAUUUAUGUACAUGUCUACAAAUGUUCACAGAGUUUCAGAGAACACUCACACAUUGUAUUACCUCUAAACUUCUCCUUCUACACUGUUCUGAGACGAUGUUUCAUUUGACAGGUUGUACAGAUAAUAAAUGGAUUUAUAUUUUUAUUUGGAUUAUUUAAUGAGUUUGAGUUUACUUUGUUGUUUUUUUUUUGUUUUUGAUAAAAACAAGUAUCAGUGUGUUGUUUUCACUGUCAUUAUGUGUUUAUUAUGUGUCAGAAUGUAUUUGAAUGGGUUUAUAAUAUUACAGUAACAGUCCUCACAUUUGUGCUUGAGAAUGUAACUGCUAAAGGCUUUGAGGAUUUAUAUGAAUGUUACUGUUAGAGUCAGACAGCUAUAUAUAAGUAGCCAGUUAUAAACCAAAGUUUUGGAAACUACCCUCUGAAUCUCACGUAUGGAUUAUAAUAUCGUAGAUGUUGCCCUUCAGUUUGUAUCAAUUUCUCAGAUGGGCUGUGUUGCAUUAUGGGGGCUUCACCUUGUUGGUUGUAACUGGGUUUUCUAUAAAAGCACAAUAACAUAUUUUUUGGUAUCCAAACAAUGCAAUAUGAUCACAUACUCUAUUCUGGUUUUGACACCAGUUGCGUUCAAGUUCAAGAAUGUCUCACCACGUCUUACUCUGCAUAUAAAUGAUAACAUUAAAAAUGCAAACACUGUACAAAAUGUAUUAUGUAUGAUGUAUAAAAAUAUUAUAUAUUUGUUUAGUUUUUCUGGUAAAAUCUAUAUUUUGCCAGUGCUACAAUAAAAAAAGAUGGUAACCUUAUUGUACAUUCAAUAUCCUAUAUUUAUGAUGUACCGUGAAGCUCUAUUUAUGUACUGUUUGUUCAGCUUUUUAGGGGCAUAGUGACAUCACUGUUUUAAUGUCACUACUGUCCAACUAUUUUUGCUCAACCCAGCAUGUUGAACUGUGGACAUGCCUAGAUCCGGUAAUAGCAGUGUUUUUUAGAGAGCAAAUGAUAUGCUGACUAUUAUUAUUUUCAGUUUGUUUUGUUUUAAUUUAAGAUAAAACUCACAAUCCAUAAUUUUAGCACACAGUGACACAAAGUUAUGAUAUAAAAACAAUAACUGACCAUGUUAUGGUUCUUUAAGGGCUAUCAGAUAGCUAGACUACAUGUAAUUCAAGUGUUUUUAGUGGCAACCAAAAGUAUAUUAUUCAGUAAAUAAAAAAGUACAUUUGCUCUUGUGGAGCAAUAACAAAUAAUAGUGGCACAACAAGGUGAUUCCCCCUUGCGUUCACGGCAGAUACUUAAUCUACACAAAAAAUGCAGUUUUAUUCUGUUUUUCAUAUAUUAAGGAGAUUGUCUCACACUUACUUUUGUGAAAGUUUAAAGCAGCUUAAAUUAUGUAUAUUGUGCUUGAUUAAAAUUUUUCUCAUUGGUUUUUAGAAAUUGACAUGAGGUUCCCAUUUCUAUCAGGUUUGUAGAUUGUAACUUCAGAGCAUAAAGAUGUUUAGAGUGGAAUGUGUAAAAUCUAUUAGAGCUGAAGAAGAAUUAAUGUUUUCAUCUAAUAUAGAUAUUCCAUUGUGUUACCUUUAUAUUUUACAAUUUAGCAUUUUGAGAAAUACAUUGUACACACAGUGUCUAAAAAAGCUAUUAUUAGAAUAAACCCAAAAAGCACAUGGUAAUUUGAUGUGUGAAUGUAUGUGUUAGCCUAGCCCUUUCCAAAGCUGUCCCCUAUAAAAGCCAAUAUAUAUCACCAUUAUAAUUUUUUUUAACAAUGGUGAUAUGAUUUCCAAACACAUUUCUGAUUCUGACUGAUGUUUAUUGUUCAGUUUGAUAUCAGAAUUAUAUUGUAUUGACUGAAAUUAUAUUUCGGCCAUAUUGCCCAAACACCCAUUAAGGAAAAUUGUGGAUACAUAAGAAAGAAAACUUUUUGCCAAAAGAUUAAAUACCCAAAGAGGUUCAUUAGUUUAUUUGGAACCAUUUUGGAAGUACAAACUGAUGUUGCACAGCACUUCAAGGGUCUAGGGUCCCACUAGUGAAGAAAAACUUUACAAGUUCUCUCAUCAGCUUUGGCUCAUUUAGAGUAAAUCAGAUCUUGUGGUCAUUAAUAAUUUACCUGUAUGUGUUUUUGUGUGUGAAACUGAAUGUUUAAGUUUAGUGUAAAGAACUGUAGUUAAUAUUACAUUGUUAAAUGCAGGAGAGUAUGCUUGUGUUGGGGAGGGUAUUUAUGAUGCCCAGUGAUUUAUGCUUAUUCUGUAUUUAGUCUUUUUUUACAUUAUACACUGGUCACAUUUACACAGCACUAUUUGCUAAUUCUCAGGUUUUCUCUUAUUUUUGUAUUUAUUUAUUUGUUUGUUUGUUUGUUUGUUUAUUCAUGAUUUGUUCUGGAUCUGUAUUAUUAUCAGUAAUAAUAAACAAUGUUGUUCAAAUAAUUCAGUACCACUAAUAAUACUAAACUUAUGAGUUAUGUUUUUUUUUUUAUUUUCUUAUUUUUAUUUUGGGUUGGAAUGUGAAUGUAAUUUUUCACCAGUGCGUUUGUCAGAAUGUUCUCAUACUUGAAAAGCUAUAUUGUUUAGCGUUGUGUUAUCUAGCUGGGAUUUUUAUUUUUAACAUUUCAUCUUAUUUUGGAGAAAUAUAUAGACUGUGUUGCUGUUAAUUAGUGAUACCUAAUUAAGUUAAAUGUCAAACAGUUUUUAUUUUUUAUUUGUUUGUUUUUUUAAGGAUGGUGUGAUGUGCUGUCCGACACCUGUUUGGAAUCUGAAAAUGUAUAUUCUGUAUUAGCUCUCUGACAGACGCAGAUCAGAUGUAUCUUUGUUAUAAAUGAAUUGUAUGUUUUGGUAGCUUUCGAGAUUCACUUAAAAUGACUUUAGACUAACUGAAGUUGUCUGUGUAGUUUUGCAUGGGUAUAGCGUACUUGGUGCAUUGAGGAAUACUAAAGUUUGAGAUUCAGGGCUUUUGUUAAAGUUUAAUUUUUAAUUUGGUGUUGGUCGGUUGUGUGUGACUUUGUGUGAAGUUACGAUUUUACGGUCCUUUGGUACCUUUAACUGUGAGGCUCUUGUUCUGAUUCCUCAAGGCAAGAUAAUAGUUUGCAUGAGAGUAGCUGUCUGACGUUCUGAGGCGCCUCUGAAGUGAUCACCAGCAAGAGCUCUACCUGAAUCACUGGCUUACUGAUUUCUAUUUUCAAUCAAAGUAUUUUACUCUAUAUGCGUGAGGAGAUGAUCAGUUGACCAGGUUUCGCUUAAGGGCACUGGAUGGUAAUCUUAUAUUUUUACUUACAUUAUAUCAGUAUUUUUACAAUUACUCAACCGCACCCUACCACUGUACUUCACUGGAUAUAAAUCGGCCACGGGAUAGAGGAGGAACGGUUGAUUAUAGACAGUGAUAUAAAACCACGACUCAGAAUGCAGAUACUUUAGACUUGCUAUUUAUGUUGUGGAUGGAAUCACACAGUGUUUGUAGUUUAAUCACCAGCCAUCACUGCAUUUAUGUGUUAAUGUGAUGUCUCCUCCAUGUAUAUUACAUUACAUCAUUUCAGCAUUUCUUAGCAUUAUAACUAAAACCCUGUCCACAACAAAACUAAGGAACAGCCAAUGGGUGUAUAAGUAAGAGUAAUAAGAUUUAUUUAUGCUACGUUAUGAAUAUGACAGCUCAUAAAUACUUAUAGAUGCCUUAAUAAGGCAUUCUCUUUCAGCAGAAGUUCAACAGAAACAGCUUGUUACACGAACACUGACUAUACUGGUCAGAAACUACAGUUGUUUAGGUUCUCUAGAGCAGCGUUUAGAGCUGUUCUCCCGCAAAACAAAUAUAAUGAAUGUAAGACUACAAUCAACAAAAACAGUUCCACGGGAUUUGCAUCUGAAUUCCUGUUAAACUCCUGUUAAAACCUUGUGAAAACAGAAGUAGGCCAGAUUCCAAGUUUUCACACUGUUUGAUUUAAGAUGUCCUUUUUGUUUGUUCUGUUUUGUGUUUACAGUUUUAUACAUCAUCUGAAGGUUUUAUUAAUGAAAAAAUGUACUGUACAGGUUCCACUGAUAAGCAAGAUACAAAUGUACACAUCGAUGAAUAAUUUUGUAUCUUUGUCAUUUUAAUACAUUAACAAUGUUGUGACUGAAAUGAAGAAAACUAUAUAAACAUUUCAUUUUCCUACAA